AUGAGUGUGAGAGAGGGCGGAGAAGCGAAAGAUUGUGGGAAGGCUGAGGGAAGAUUCUGGGAGAGAGCAGAGCGUUCUGGGAGGGAAGAUUCUCCGUCUCCGGCCUGCAGCAAACAGCACACAGCACAGCAGAAGCACAGCACAGCACCGCACCGCCCAGCGCAAGUCGACAUGUCCAAGGCCAACUCCACCGCCUACGACUGGGCGAGCAUCUUUGACUUCUAUUGCCAGCACAGCCUUUGGGGCGGCCAAGAGUUGACGGAUGGCCAGUGGGAGGCGCUUUUGCGCUCGAAUCCAUGCCAUCCCGACAAGAGGCAGAUGGAGCGUGCCAAUUUCCAUUAUGCAGUCAAGAAUCACAUUGUGCCCGAGCACUUGCCUGGCCUUCUGGUCGUCAAUGAGGGACGCGCCACAUGGAACGUGCCGCCCCGAUUCCCGCCUGCCGUGCCUGUCCCUGUCCCUGUCGAUCGCUUCAAGCCCGCGGCGGUCAAAAAAGCUUGGCUUGAAUUGGCCGUUCAGAAUGCCGCAGCAGCAUCACCACCUCCGCCGCCAGCAUCACCACUACCUUCAAAUCCUUCCCCACACCGCAUCAAGGAGGCGCGCCAAGGCAAAGGAGCAGCCCACGACAGCGACCAUGGCCAUCACACCCAGAACCACGCCAGCGCACUCUCCCCGAGCCGCCAUCGCCUUCGCCAUCGCGACCACCGCAUACAAUCCCUCGAACAACAGCUCGCUCGCAUGACCCGAGACGACCACGAGAAAGCGCGCCACAUAUCACGCCUGACUCAAGAACUCCAACACCUCCAAAUCUCCAACCGCAAGAAAGACGAAGCCGUCACCGCUCUCGAGACCUCUUUCGACAACGCCAUCGCUUGGGGCAAAAGAGAAAUCGCGAGGCUAGAGGUCCAGAACUCAGAAACUCUCGCCCGGUUCGAUGAUGCGAUUGCAUGGGGAGAGGGUCAGCUUGCUAAAGAGAAGCACUACAAUUCUCAGUUGAGACGAUCUUUGCAGCGCUAUUCUUCUGGCUCCGCGAGUGCGGCGGGGAGGGAAAGUUGUAGUGUUGGGAGUGAAGAUGGUUUAGGUGGGAGUAUUGGUAGCGUCGGUGAAGUUGAGUUGAAUCGGAGUAUGGGAGGCCAGGGCCAGGGUGGUCUGGAUCGAAUGACGGUGGCUCGAGAGGGAGUAUCGGGAGUGACGUUGGCUGCAACAGAAACAUUGGCAGCCAAGCUGGCCUACGUUGAAGCAUGCAUUGACAGUGACGGUGGCUUGAGAGAGAGCGUUUGGACAACGAUGCUGGAAUUCUGA